CGCCAACUUGGUUUGGCUCCUCCUCUCACUAUACAAUAACCGCGCACCACAUUAAAUUGAAAAUUUUCUGUACCCUUUGUGUGAAGGAGUGAUGAUGCGUUUGUGCAAAAGGUCUGCCAGACCUUGAGUAUUAAGAAGAAACUCAAUUUAGCUGUAUUCCAAGGAAGCCAAAAAUAAAAAACAAAAUAUCAGAUUCCUGGUUGAUUUCAGUUUCUACCAUUCCAGGUCAUGCCACCUGCACACGACCCAAUCCUCUUAUCAUGUGGAUCCCUCAUCAUUGACGAUAUCCACUGGGAAGAUGGCUCGCGACAGACGGAUGUGUUGGGCGGUGCUGGCGUGUUCGCCAUCUAUGGGGCUCGCGUUUGGCUGGCUCCACCUCAGUCGCAGCAGAUAGGCUACACUGUUCAACGCGGGUUUGACUUUGUGCCGGAUAUCCAGCAUGAGCUCGACCGACUGGAUAUAACACUGCACAACCAAGACCACCCUGACUUGCACACCCCGCGCGGCCUAAACACAUUCAGCGCUGAUGAUCACCGAGACUUUGAAUAUAUCCAUCCAGUCAUUCGGAUUUUCCCGCGCGACUUCCCUCCUAAAUGGCUGCUGUCCGCCCAAAUCGUACAUCUCAUCUGCUCAGCGGCUAGAGCCCAUGACAUUGUGGAGGAAUGGCACACUCUUCAAGCAAAGUAUGCUGAUCAAUUUAAUGUGUCUUCCCAAGAUAUACCCGAUACUAUGUUUAUGUGGGAGCCUCUUCCUUGGGAUUGCCUUCCAGAGAAAUGGGGCGAGUUUCAAGAGACCAUGAAGAUGGUAGAUAUAGUAUCACCAAAUCACGAAGAGGCUGCAGCGGUGUUAGGGACAUCGAUGGACAAACUGGAGUCAGAGUUAGGAAAUGCCUCGGCUGCUUUGGCGUACCUCGCCGAACAAUUUGUACAAGCAGGGGUGGGUCAACGUGAGCAAGGAUGCGUGGCUAUUCGCGCGGGGAAGCGUGGUGCAGUGGUACGCCGCAAAGAUACUCCCAGCUGGUGUGUUCCUGCCUAUUGGCAAGCGCCCCCUGACCUCCAUCGCAUCAAGGAUGUGACUGGAGCAGGCAAUGCGUUUUGCGGUGGAUUUUGUUAUGGGUAUCUCCAGAACAAAGAUAUCAUUGAAGCCGCCCUAUAUGGAUCGGUCAGCGCAGGCUUCACCGUCGAACAGGUUGGAGUGCCUCGACUGGAUGCAUCCGAAGAAAUAUGGAAUGAUGGUCCACCUGCUGCCAGUCGAUUAAAAGAACUACAAAGAAGAAUCGCCAUCGAUAUACCAGCUAGCGAAUCGAUCUGGCGAUCUACACAGUGCGGCGACGACUUAUAGAACACACCACAUGGCGUAAACCAUGUUUGGCCAUCCCUAAAGACCCUUCAAAAAAUAAAUAGUAAAAAACAAUUCAAUAUAUGU